AUGUCUGAGGGACAAAUGUUAAAUUAUGAAGAGAUAUUAAAUCAUCUUGCUAAAUAUGAUGAACUGAUAGAGGUUCGUGAAGAAGGUGCUGAAAUUAGAGAAUAUUUGGAUUCUUUAACUGAAGAUCAAAG